AUGGUUGUAACCCGAGCUAUUAAAGGAAUCAUUGACCAAUACUGUUCAGAAAUAAGCACAAGUGUCCCUUUGGUAGAUAUACUAUAUGAUCUACGUUUUCGACAAAUUUUAUCUAAUGAAGAAGUCAAAAAACUGAGAGAUGACUGUAAAACUGACAAAGAACGAGCCUUUGAAUUUCUAAAAGUACUGGAAUCAAGAAGCGAUGAUAACUUUUAUCAAUUUUGUCACUUGCUACAAGAGAGCGAUAUUAGUAGUGUUCGGGAACUUGGUGAACGAUUAGAAAAAGAGGCUAAUAAAACUGCAGAAAAUAAAGAGCAACAACCGGAAAUAUCUUCAAAACCAAAGAACAAAUCCAUCUCAAAUCAAAAUUCGCCACCUCCAAUCGAUAUACCAACAUUCCAAAUUUCUAAUGGUAAUGGUGAGACAGAAAGUGUAAAAGUGACUAAUCCAGAUUCGCCUGCACAACAGUAUUUUAACCUUAUUGUCGAUGACAUUGGCACAAAAUGGCGAAACUUAGCAAGGGUGCUACAUUUUAAUCGGAACCAAAUUAAAACUAUAAAGGCUAAUAAUGCUGAUGAUGUCAAUGAACAAUGUGCGGAGAUGUUAUAUGAACAACAUGAUACGAAAGGCUCAAGUUUCACCAAGUUAAAGCUAAUUGAAGCUCUCUAUAAAGCUAAUUUACGUGCAGUUGCGGAAAAGAUAAACAUCGACCCGGAUGAAGCAACCAAAGCUACUGGUAUCAAAAGUCAGAAAGCAUUAAGCACUAAUAACGAUCAAGCUGAUGACUACUCCUAUUUAAGUUCUGUUGCUCUAUACAUGAUAGGAUUAACAUUUGAUUUUUAA